AUGUCUGACAGCGAUCCUCCGGCGGAACCAAACAGAAAUAGAAAACGGAAGAGCGAUUUGUCUUCGAAUACACCGUCUUCAUCUUCUCGUCCUCCACAACCUGUACCGGUCUCAAGCGGUUCUUCCACCCAAUCAUCAUCAUCCAUCACUGUUGAAAACGUCAUUGGAACCUUGAGAACACCCCUUGGAGACGGAAAUCUUGAUGAGGAUAAGAUUGCUGCAAAAGUUCUGACAUUCACAGAGGAAUAUGGCGAAAAGAAAUGUGGAGAUAGAAAACUCGAAAUGAAAAAUCCGAAUAUGGAAACAAUUAGAGAAGAGGAAAGCCACGAUGCGUCGAAUACACCAUCUUCAUCUUCUCGUCCUCCACAACCUGUACCAAUCUCAAGCGGUUCUUCCACCCAAUCAUCAUCAUCCGUUACUGUUGAAGACAUCAUUAAAACCUUGAGAAGACCUGUCGAAGACGGAAAUCUUGAUGAGGAUAAGCUUGCUGAAAAAGUUCUAGCAUUCACAGAUGAAUAUGGCGAAAAAGUUGCUGCCUCGAUUGGAAGAAUUUGGGUACACAUUUGCACUGAAAUGAAGUUUCGCGACGAAGGGGCUCAAUACAAGGACAUGAAGGCAGAAGAACAAAAGAUAUACCUGCGACUGUUCAAUUGGUUUAAAUACUAUGAAGAUAGUCAAGUGAAAGAAGAGGUUUUAGAUUUGCAUGAGGAACUGGAGAAGAGAUGGCAAGAUGUGGAUGGAAGAUACUAUAAGACCCGUGGAGAUAUAAGACGUGAAAUGGAAGAGGAGAGCUACGAUGCGUCGAACACACCAUCUUCAUCUUCUCAUCCUCCACAACCUGCUCUGAUCUUUUAUCCAUAUUGGAAACAUGGAAUACCAAUGGAAAUACAGCGUGACAAUAACAGACAACUUUUUGAUAAGACACUUCAAAUGCAGACGGAAAGUACGCGUCGUAUCCAAAAAAUUGUGGCAACGCUCUCCACUUCUUCUCCCACACAAAGCUUUGCUGGCGGAGCACCGAGAAGUAAACCGAACUAUGUACCAGUCCAGAUAGUGAACAUGAUGAAAGACCAAGAGAAGACAUUUCAAUGGAAAUUAGAAGAUCAACUCCAUUCUGUAAUCAAUGCACCGAUUUCAAAGAAGUCAAUUAAAAUUGUACACAAUCAUGAUAUUGGAAUCACCCAUUAUGAAUCCGUGCAUUAUAUAUCACCAUCUCUAAGAAAUUUCAACGUCGUGGAAAGACAUCAAGGUGAAGAUCAUCAACUGAGAGCUAACAAAAACAUGGCAGCUGCAAACACCCUACCUGUUCAAUUCAAGUCUUUAUUUCCCUCUGAUAUCCAGGGAAUACCACCAAUUGGACCUUCUCCACCUGGCUGCCACCCUUACCCGGGCUUGUACCAUGAUCAACAUAAUCCAGUAACAGAUGAGAUCUGGAAUAAUUAUUUCCUCUACCUUCAAGAUUUUCUUCCUCAGAUUUUAGCUCCUCCCACGAAUAUGGCAUCUGCCAGAAACUACAGUGUUUCUAAUUUUCUAACAAACUAUGGUUAUUCUAUUGGCUCACAAUAUUCAUCAGAUGGAGGAUUCUCACAAAAUGUCUUGGGUGGUCAUGAAUCAGGAUUGAGACCCGAUAUGAGACAAUAUCUACAAUCGCAGUACAACUAUUCGGGCGGUCCCCAAAGUUCAUCAGCUGGAAGAUGCACACAAAAUGCCCCGGGUGGUUAUGGUCAGGAUCGUGGAUUCGGGACAAGCGACUCGGCGACGGUUUCACAUAGGACACAAAGACGAUCGAACACACAUCAAGGUGAUACUUCUUCUGCUCAAUCGGAACCGCUCAAUGUUGACGAUAUUUUCGAAAAACUGAAUAGACCGCUUGGAAAUGAGGGAAUUAAUACCGAAAACGUCAUUAAAGAAGUCAAGGAAUUCAUAAAGAACAAUAAAGCAGUCAGGAUAACGAUUUCUCAAUCGGUUGGAAAAUCAUGGGACACUUUUAGAAAUCAAAUAGAUGAAAAGAAGAGGAGAAUAGACACAUAUCAUGAGCUUCCGAAUCCUAAUCUAAAAGAGCUAUAUCUGCGAUUGUUCAACUGGUUGAAGUACUAUGAAGACGAUGAGAAGAGAAAAGCGGUUCUAACUUUCCAUAAGGAAUUAAAUGCUCGAUGGUCCCAAUUUGAGAAAACGAAUAAAUGA